GGGUCCUUUAAACCGGUUUCUUUACACCACCUCCGACAAGGGGAUUAGCGAUAAAACCGGCCUUUGCGGGUCGGAAUUGGGGUAGUGUGGACGGAAUUCGACGUUAUUGGCCUCCGGGAGCUAUCCCACAGUGCUUCAUUGUGACCGCUCUGGACAGCACUCUCAACUCAGAUGCACUGACCAGGUAGACAGGAAAAGACCCGCGAAUGUUUGAAUUUCAUUUCCUGUUUGCUCAGCGUGGAGAGCACAGGUGACCACGCAGAGCUCAUCAGCACAGGUAACCGUGAUGGAGUCCCAGGAUCGCAAAAGAGCUCCAGCAUGGACAGAACGGGAGCUGCAAAUGUUUCUCCUUCGCAGAGGCUCGUGAACAUUAGAAAGAGAAAACGUAGGAUGAGGGACGAUAUGUUCACGGAGCUGCAGAUGUCCUCCCACGCUGAUAGAGCACAGCAGAAUGCGUGGAGGCAGUCAAUGUCGGAGAUGAGAAAAGCCCAAUAUGAACGAGAGGAGAGGUGGCGGGCUGAAUGGCGGGAUGAAAAGAGCAAGUGGCGGGCUGAAGACGAUAGGUGGCGUCAGCUUGCAGACAGACGGCAAGAGUCAAUGCUCCGUCUGCUGGAGCAUCAAACUGAUAUGCUCGAGCAUAUGGUUGAGCUGCAGGAAAGGCAGCAGGAGCAGAGACCGCCGCUACAGCCCCUGUGUAACCAACAGCCCUCCUCCCCAAGUUCCAUAGCCUCCUCACCCAGACGCCCAAGAACACGGUGGGGGGGCCUCCGUCCACCCAGUCACUCCACCCCAGAUGAUCGCCCAAGCAUCAGAAGGCUGGCCUUCAAUAAGAGUUAAAGUUUUAAAAUGCAGUGUGUCCUUUUCCAUCCCUCCUCCCCCACCCAUCCCAGGCUACCUUGGCA